GAAACCAUCAUUUCAUUUCGUUCCACAUCUUCAUAAUUAACCAAAACAAAAUUAUAAUUGUCCCUUCCCCAUCUCUCCUCUCUUCUCAUCUGUUUUCCAUUUUGAUUCAAUGUACCGUUAAAACCCAAUAUAUCUUCAUCAUUUAUGAAUCAAAAUUCCACGAUGAGAGUGAGAGGAGAGCCACCACCAACCACCACUAGCCUAGAGAUCAAUGUACAACAUCCCCGGCAAGAAGGAAGCGGAGGAGGGAGGGACAACGCUGUACACCCAUCACCGCCGUCAUCUAAAGGAUCAACGCCGUUACCGGUGGUUUCCUCUCGUGAUCAGCGUAAUGUGGUAUCAAGAACGGAGGAGUUUAGGCUGUUUAGACGGUGGAAGCCAUGGCUGGUACCGUUUUUUGUGGUGGCGAAUGUUUUAAUGUUUGUAAUUACUAUGUAUGUUAAUAAUUGUCCUAAGAACAAUUCAGGGCCGUAUUCUUCUUCUUGUAUUGUGAAGUUUUUGGGUAGAUUUUCUUUUCAGCCCAUGAAGGAAAAUCCUCUACUUGGCCCUUCUUCUUCAACAUUAGAGAAGAUGGGAGCGCUAGAUGUGGAUAAAGUGGUGGGCAGGCACCAGACUUGGCGCCUUGCCACUUGCAUAUGGUUGCAUGCCGGGGUGUUCCAUGUACUUGCUAACAUGCUGAGUCUUAUAUUUAUUGGAAUUCGGCUUGAGCAGGAAUUUGGUUUCAUCAGAAUUGGAUUGGUCUAUGUGAUAUCUGGUUUUGGUGGGAGUUUAUUAUCGGCCCUUUUUAUUCAGACACAAAUCUCCGUUGGUGCAUCUGGUGCUCUUUUUGGUCUACUAGGAGGGAUGCUUUCGGAGCUUAUUACAAACUGGACAAUAUAUGCAAAUAAGGUUGCAGCUUUGUCAACUCUCAUGUUGAUCAUUAUAAUAAAUUUAGCCGUUGGAAUCCUUCCACAUGUGGACAACUUUGCUCAUAUUGGAGGGUUUCUUUCGGGAUUUUUUCUUGGAUUUGUCUUCUUAAUACGACCUCAGUUUGGGUGGAUUAACCAAAAGGCUUGUCCUCCGGGGUACACUGCACCCCCUGCUAAAUCAAAACAUAAGACCUACCAGUAUGUACUAUGGGUUGUAUCUCUGAUAAUAUUGACUGCUGGAUUCACUUUUGGGUUGAUCACGCUACUUCGUGGUAUAAAUUUGAAUGAUCGUUGUUCUUGGUGUCAUUAUCUGAGCUGCGUCCCAACUUCAUUUUGGAGCUGCAACCCUAAAAGUUUUUCUUGUGAGAUGAUAGAAUUCGGAAAUCAACUCAACUUGACAUGCUCGACGAAUGGGAGAAGCCAUAUCUAUCCACUGUUGAAUACUUCAUCUUCCCCAUCCCAGAUUAAUCAGUUGUGUUCUCAACUCUGCAGUUGACCUUGGUGACUAUAUACGAGAUGGUAGAGGAUUAAGCGAACCAUAUUGUUUAACGAACCAGUGUAUAUGAUUCAUUGUUGUAUCUAUACACACCAUUUGUGUAUCUUCUAAAGUAGUAAUGAUCCAAAUUUAUGGAGAUUAAGUUUUCCAGGUUACUCUUAGGUCCUUCUGUUGGAUGAAUUCACCAUUUUUAUAAUCAAUAGCAUUAGUUAAACGUUAA